UUUGCGGGAGGGACCGGAAAAGAGGUGGGUCCUUUCACGCACGAUGUGGGGAGGCAGCAAGCUAAGCUGCUCGGGGAAUCGUUUUUUAGGAGUGGUUCUAUCCAGGUACCGGGGCAUACAGACUGAGUGUACUCGUUUAAUCACGUCAGCAGUUUAUUCAGAGAAUCAGUUCAGUUGGACUCCACAGACUAAACCAUGGGUUUUCAGUGAAUACAGAAUCAUGUGGUUCAAAUCCUAUAGAAUGACUUUUGCCUGCUUGAAUAGAAUAAAAAUUUACAGGUACCCUUGGACAAGACUGUACAGUACUUCUCAGACCACUGUAGACAGCAGUGAGGUAAAAACAUUCCUGGCCCUGGCUCACAGGUGGUGGGAUGAACAAGGAAUAUAUGCACCUCUUCAUUCUAUGAAUGACCUGAGGGUGCCAUUUAUUAGAGACAAUCUUUUAAAAACAGUUGCUGAUCACCAGCCAGGCAAACCUUUGUCUGGGAUGAAGAUUCUUGAUGUUGGCUGUGGUGGUGGAUUAUUAACUGAACCUCUAGGGCGGCUUGGAGCUUCAGUUACUGGAAUCGAUCCUGUGGAUGAGAACAUUAAGACAGCACAGCACCAUAAAUCAUUUGAUCCAGUCCUAGAUAAGAGAAUAGAGUACAGAGCAUGUUCCCUGGAAGAGAUUGUGGAAGAGACAACAGAAGCAUUUGAUGCUGUUGUAGCUUCUGAAGUUGUAGAGCAUGUGAUUGAUCUAGAAACAUUUAUACAGUGCUGCUGUCAAGUGUUAAAACCUGGUGGUUCUUUAUUCAUUACCACAAUCAACAAAACACAGCUGUCCUAUGCCUUGGGAAUUGUUUUUGCAGAGCAAAUUGCAGGUAUUGUACCAAAAGGUACUCAUACAUGGGAGAAGUUUGUAUCACCUGAAAAGCUAGAAAGCAUUUUGGAAUCAAAUGGUCUGUCAGUUCAAAGUGUGGCAGGAAUGCUUUACAACCCAUUCUCAGGUUACUGGCAUUGGAGUGAAAACACCAGUCUUAACUAUGCAGCUCAUGCUGUGAAAUCCGGGGUACAGGAUCACCCAGUGCCUGAUGAGUUUGUUUUCAAGGGGGAAACAGAGGAGCUUAGAGGCCAAGACUCUACCAACGCAGGUGCUCAGGAGGAGUUGAAGAAAUGAAUGAUUUCUAAGUUCUGCAUACUAUGGCUUGAAAGUCUGGUGUUCACAUUUGGAAAAAAUAUAUAAUUUCUCUUUUGUGGGAGGAUCAUGAAGAAAAGAAAGUCCAUAAAAAGGGCUAAACCUUGGAUAAAAGUUUUUGUUGUUUCAUCUAGUAGCUACUUUCAAGGGAUUAUUUUAUGAUAUAUGGUAAAAAAAAAAAAAAGUUUUGUCAAGGUAUUGUAUAAUCUAGGCGUUUAAAUUCCUCAGCCUUGGUUAUAUAAAUAGAAUGUGCAUAUUUUACUUCAUUUUACAAAUUAUAUAUACUCAUCCAGCAUAUAUGCACACAUAUAUAUAUAUAAACAUGCUGUAAUGUGUUUUAAUUUAAAGGAAUCUGCAUUAUCUGUGUUCUUUAUUGGGUUUUAGCUAAAGGCAUUUAUGCUUCUGACUUAAGAAACCAAAUAUAGUUUUAUGCCACUUAUAUUUGGGAAGAGAAAAUGUAUUUUUUCCUUUAAAUUUUAGUUUGUUGGAAAGCAAAUGGAUAGUUAAAUGUAUGCUGGAUUUGAAUUCAAACAUUAAAAUCAAGAAAUUUGGAUUAUGUUGGACAUACUUCUAUGCAGUUCCAUAAAUGUUUUAUUGUGACUUUUUUUUUUUAAGUAGAAAGGACUUUUUAAGACUCAAUUAAGAAUUCAGUCAUGGAUAUUUUCUUCUUUGGCUAACAUUUUUAUAAUUAAAGGGACUGACUUGAAAUAUAUUUUUACGCCUCUUGAAAUUUGAGAGUCUCUGGCUUUUUCUGAAAGUCCCGAUGCUAUAUGAGGACAUUCAUAGAGGCUGUUGACCCAGUGUGACAAACAUGGACUGAAUUCAUGUGACCCAGGUAGAAGGUAAGCUUUUAACUUCCUAGCAUUUUUACCUUUAAGCUCAUGUUUUCUAUCUUCCUUUGUCACUGUUAGAUUGAGCUCUCCAGGCAAACACUUCCCAGCCAUCUUGGCGUGUCAUUUGCUUAUUCUCAAAAGUAUUUUAGGGGAGAAAACUGAAAUUUAAAGAAUUAAAAGAGGAAAUUUAAUUUCACUUGCUACUGUGAAAUUUUUUUAAUGAAAUCAGAUAUUUAUUUACUUACCAUAAGAUUUUUUUAAUUUAAAAAAAUUUAAUAUUUAUUUAUUUUUGAGAGAGAGGGGGAGAGAGAUAGAGUGAGUAGGGGAGGGGCAGAGAGAGACACACACACAGAGUCCGAAGCAGGCUUCAGGCUCUGAGCUGUCAGCACAGAGUCUGACAUGGGGCUCGAACUCACAAACCUCGAGAUCGUGACCUGAGCCGAAGUCAGAUGCUUAACCGACUAAGCCACCCAGGUGCCCCACACAAAUGCUAUUGUGUAACUAGGGUGCUAAAAAUUAGGAGCUUCCAUUGACCUCCAUUUAAAGUUAGAUUCUUAGUCUGAAUUCUAGUAGUUUUAUUACAAAAACAAAGCUUCCUUGUUCUUUCUCUUAGGGAAAAAAAAAAGUGUUGGUAUAAAAGAUUAAUCUAAGAACCAUGCACUGAAAUUGAUUAAAAAGCAGUCCCCCAAACAAAUAUAUUUAUUUUAGAGGAAAGAAAACACUAACUUUCAGUUAUUAAAAAUACAUUGUUAAGUGCUGGAAAUUCAGGAUGAUUCAGUAUCAACUACUUCUGUGUUUCACUUGACUUCCAGUGGAAUGAAGCGAUGAAAAUUUCAUGCCCUCCGUGUAUAACCUAAUUUGAUCUUUCAGGCCAAUUUCAACCAAAUUUCAGGAGAAAUGGGCUCAAAAAGAUACUACAGUUUUUUUAAAUGUAUAUUUGUAGAGUGAGGAUUGCCCAGCUGCAAAUUUUUAAUUUUGAGAACUACCAUACCACCUUUUGAAAAGCACUAAUCUAGCAAUUAGGCUAUGCUGGGGAGUUUAAUCUGCAAACCUUCCCUGAGGAACUCUGGGUUCAUGAGAAUGUCCUGCAAGAAAAAAUGAUGGAGACUUUACGACUCAGAGUCCAGCAAAAGAGACUGUAAACCUGUCUUAGAAUGAAAAAGAACAAGGCUGAGAGAGUAAGAAGGUGAAUUGGCAGGCAAUCUUAGUUUGGGGUGAAGGGAACAACUGUGGGAAGCUAGGAAGUCACCUGGACCAUGGACCACCUGUGGUCCUGGAGGGAGUCAGAUUGCUCAGUGAGACUACAAUGAUCAAAACUAUUAGACCAUUUAAGGUUGGCUCAAAAUGCUACAAGCACUAGGAGAACGAAACUUUCAGCACUUAGAAGUAGCUAUGAAUGAUGGCAGGAACAUGGCAAGACAGGUGGUGACAAGAGAGAGGUCAAGUAGUGUCGCUUUUCCCAAAACUUGCACAAGGAGCAGUGGGAUCCAGCACCCAGCACAUACAUGCUAAACCCCUUUGGAACCUGAAAGAGCCUUCU